AUGCCACCUUCAGAAUCAUCCUCCAAUUUAGGCAGAUCUAGACUUUCAUGGGAGUUAAUUGAAGUUUUAAGAAACAGAAAAUCAACUUUCUUUAAAAGGCUUAAAGGUAUUAUUGGUGGUGGUCUUCAAAUAAAUAAAUACACAGGUUGUGAAAUUGCUAUUUUAGUUUCCUUUGAAGGUGAAGUUUAUUCCCAUUGUACUUGUGAUUUGAAUGAAAUUUUAGAUAAACAUAAAGCCACCGAUCCAAAUAGUAAAUCUCAAAAUCUUUGUAAAGACAUCGUUAGAGAUCUUAUUAAAAAAUAUGAAGCAGCUGAUCAAGGAGUAAGAAUAGAAAAUCAAGUUGGAAGAAGUAUUGAUCAAACAAGAAGAAAUUCCGAAUCCACAAGUUCUUUAGCUUCUUCAAGUUCGGAACUUUAUUCCGCUUUUGAUGAUUAUAAUGAGUCGGGAAAUACAUGUUUAGAAAUUCUAGAUUUAGAAAAUGAUCCUUUGCUUUCAACAAUUAUCUUAGAUUUAAAUGAUAACUAUUUCCAUUAA